GGGUACACGCGCUACCACACGCCAGGCAAACCCACACGCCGCCUUCCCGCCGCCUCCGCUCUUCUUCCCCCAACCGCGUCGCAAGCCCACGGCGAGCGCCGCCGCCGUCCCACCGUCGCCGAUGACCCGCGGCGUCGCUAUGGCGCACGCGAGGCUCCUCCUGGCGCGCUACUACGCGAUGGCGGCCCCCAGUUGGCCUACCGUAUCCAAGAACCUUCCGCUGCUGGGCCAUGGACGUUCUCAUCAUCCGAUGUAUGCAAGUCAAGACGAGAUUAAAAUGUCAAGUAGAAGAUGGUGCCAUGGUUCUCCUGACAAUCAAGAGCUGGCAAAGAAGAUUUGUGUUCCAUGCAAUUCUAAGGAUAUACAUGCCAUGCCAGAAGAUUCUGCUAAGAAGAUGCUAGAACAGGUGGGUGGUUGGGAAUUAGCAACCGAAGGUGACAUUCUGAAAUUGCACAGAGCAUGGAAGGUGAAGAAUUUUGUAAAAGGGCUUGAAUUCCUUCAGCUUGUUGCUGCUGUUGCUGAGGAAGAAGGCCACCACCCUGAUCUUCAUCUUGUCGGUUGGAACAAUGUGAAAAUUGAUGUUUGGACUCACUCUGUCAGAGGCUUAACUGACAAUGAUUUCAUCCUUGCUGCGAAGAUCAAUAACCUCAACUUAGAAGGCCUCUUAAGCAAGAAAGCUACAGUCCAAAAGUAGUUCGCGCAGAUGAAGCGAUUGAUUUCUGACGAGAUUUAUGUACUUGCUUCGGUUAGAAUGCGUGAGUUGAGGUAUCUUUAACUUGAUAAGCUUUUCUUGAAUUUGUACCGGGAGUUUCUCUGUUCUUUCUAAAUUUUACCAAUGCUGUUGGACCGGGUCUACUUCUGUUACAGAAUGUCGAGAACCACCAUAAUCUAGAUUUGAUCAAGGAGAACCUGUUUCUCUUACAUGUGGGCCAAGAGAUGUAGGGUCCACGAACA